AUCCAAUCAGACUAGUCCACACAAAUUACUAACCGCGUUUUUGGGAUGCUUCAAAAAUUUUGGGCGUCCUUCUCUUAUUAUUUUACGUUAACAUGUUUUUACGCUAUCGCAACCUUCUCAGUUAAUGCUAGUGUGGAAGAUAUACUGGAGAAAGGGACUAGACUUUUAGCAUCCGGUAAAUUUGAGGAAGCUCUAUCACUGUACAGUGAUGCUAUCGGAAAAAGUCCUAAUAGUUAUAUGGCCCACUAUAAAAGAGGCACAGCAUACAUCGCACUAUCUAAUUGUAGGAUGUCCCUUUUGGAUUUUAAUAGAGCUUUGGAGCUAAAUCCAGAUUUCAUUCCUGCAAGAAAACACCGGGCGUAUGUGAAGCUAAGAAUGGGGAAGCUGACGGAAGCCAUAGAAGAUUAUGAAAGUGUGCUAAAUCAUGAUACUGGCGUAAGCGCCAAAAUAUCUGAAAUACACAAACUGCAAAAUCAGUGGGAAGAUGCUCGUAAAUUGUUCGCGAACAGUGAAUACAGAGAAGCUCUUACAUUAUUGGACAAAUUAGUAGAAUCUGUCGAUUAUGCUGAGGAGCUACGUGAAUUGAGAGCAAGGUGUUAUUUAAGCUUAGGAGACGUGCAAAAGGGUUUACAAGAAAUGAGAUUUGGCGUCCAUCUGACCAAUGAUAACCGCGAAGGAUUACUGAGAAUCAGCCAAAUAAUGUAUGACGCUGGGUUUGCAGUGCAGGCUACCAAUGAGCUUCGAGAGUGUCUCAGGCUUGAUCAAGAUGAUAAGGCCUGUUUGAGCUUUUACAAAAAAGUAAAUAAGGUUGCCAAGGCUAUAACAGCCACUCAAGAGGCUUUGGAAGCCGAAAGGUACUCUGAUUGCAUCAAGAAAGCAGCAGAGAUAGUCAAACUCGAGUCUUCAAAUCCUGAAUAUGCUAAUCAAGCAAACAUUAGCCUCUGUCACUGUCAUGCAAAAGCUAAAAGUGUUGAUGGAGUCCCGUAUUGUGAAUCUGUUGUUCAACAUUAUCCUGAAAGUACUGAAUUCCAACUUUAUCAAGCUGAAGCUUAUAUAAAUGCUGACCGUUUUCAGGAUGCCAUUUCAACAUACCAAAAAAUAUUGGGACAUGAGUCAAAUAAUCAGAAAGCGAAAGAGGGCAUGAAAAAGGCUCAAAAGCUUCUAAAAGCAAGCAACCGUCGUGAUUACUAUAAAAUACUUGGGGUGCCCAAAUCAGCUUCUAAAAAGGAUAUUUUGAAAGCCUAUCGAAAAAUGGCUGCUGAAUAUCAUCCGGACAAAUUUCAGGGCGAAGAAAGAAUGCAAGCUGAGAAAAAGUUCGUUGAAAUUUCUGCAGCUAAGGAGGUCCUUACAGAUGACGGUGAGUUUACCUAGAUAAAGUUCCGAAAUUUACAACUUCUGCCUUUCAAAAAUAGUGUAUUAUUCUUGAUUGGGAAGACAUCAGUUACUAUUUACGGUCCUUAAGAGCUUCGCACAAUUAAAAUUUCUAGACAUAAUCUAAAGUUCUUUAAUCGUCCAAGCUUCACAACAGCAUCUCAGUGCAGCUAGCUUCGUUUCCGGUUGGUAAGAAUUUUAGUAUCUCUAGCGCGCUUAGAUUUUAUUAAAGAGGACUGUGUCAUGUGUUAAAGUCUGGAUAGGAAAGUUAUUUCUUCAUAUCAUUAUUAUUAACAUACGUAUUUUUCAAACUAUUAUGUUCUCCAGCACCUAUAACUAUUCAAGGUAAUUAACACUCGAAUUAUUUUUCAUUCCUAUUUUUGAGUAGAAAGAUGAAGUAUUAUGCUUUUGUAUGAAUGUAUUCUGGGUUGAAAUCAUUUGUUGUCCUGAAUAAUUUUUAAUGUCAAGCAUUUCAUAUCGUAAAAACUGACAAGGUAAUUAUCUGAGUAGCCAAUUUUUACUUUUGUCGUCAGGUUUUGCUGACCCAUAAUCUUUCGUACUAUGUGUAUGUACGCUAGUUUUAAAUCAUUGAGUUAGUAACUUAAACAAGACUGUCUUUGGAUGUCGUAUCGUUCGCAAAACAUUUCCUUCUUUGAAAUAGUGAUUGGGAAUACUUUUGUUAUAUAUUAAGCGUUGAAUUUUCUUUAAUAUAGGCGAAUGAAUUAUUUCGUUUUGUUUACUAUUAUUAAAUUUAUCCAGAGAAACGUACACAAUUUGAAAAUGGAAUCGAUCCGCUGGAUCCUGAACAGCAAGCUCAAAACCCGUUUGGUGGUCAUCCUUUCAAUGGUUUUCCAUUCUCCCACAUGCAUCCAUUUGAAGGUGCUCACUUCGAGUUUCAUUUCGGAUAACUUAGCAUUUUGUAAUUGGCAGUUCGGUCUUGUUUAUUUCAAACCUCUUUUAUUUAUUUUCAAUUCGUUUAAAAAAUAACUACUUUUUCUACUACCUUGAUUUAGUCUUUCGAAGUGUCCUUAAACCACGUGUUGUACAUAGAACUUCAGUUUUGCUUCUUUUUUUACUUCAGUGUUAUGGUAAUUUGUCAGAUUAUUUUAUAGUACCACCUCUGUGUUAUAUCUGGAUAAUAAAUGUCUUUGAUUACAUUCCUGAUCAAAACAUGACUUUUCAAAUAACCUUUACUCGGCUUACAUGUUAAUAUUUCUUUGUCGAUGUAUAAACUAUCUGAGACAUUUUAGCAUGCUUUUCUAGUUUUUGAUUGGAUUGUCGGAUGUGAAUUAAUGAAUAGAUCACUGAAGUAAUCCGUAAUUUUAGGAUAUAAAUUCUUCGAUAAACUCCUUUGUUAUCCAGAUAAUUCUCGUAAUAGUUUGUUGCAUCUUGCAUGCUUCAGUGAUGACAUUAACUGAUAACUAACCUUUUGUCUGCAAACUUGUCGAGUGAACUUGUAUGCAAUGUUCGGUAGUUUAUACUGGGAUUGAAAAUCAUAUUAUUAUUUUUACUUGUUUGUGAAAACCACGUUUUUAUUGUGACGAUUUAUAUGUGUCCGUAAUAUGCAAACUGUAUGGUAAGCAUCUAGUAGUUAUCAAAGUAUAAAAUAUUACAUUUGAGAUGAAACUAGAAUUAUUUUCGUACUUCUUAACUGCAACUGAUUAAACAGACCACUUGUCUGUCCAAUAGAAGUUCUGCCAAAUUCUCAUUUUGUCACAUAGUUUUGAUUGAUUUCAGCACCUGUCUUUAGCUAUCAACAUUGAACAGUUUCUGAGUUUGUAUGUUAUUUUUUUUACGAUUUACCUGCAAACAUUAAGCAUAAUUCCGCCAUGUAAAUCGAUGGGAUAGGCUCAAAGUUGAGAAAAUAGAGCGUAUACAUUUGCCUUCAUAUAAUUUGUUAGUCUCAGUUGAGUUCAUAACUGUAUCAUCUCAAAUUAGGUGGGUUAGUUUAACUCAUGAAAAGCUAGUAACGAACUUGUUAGCGGGACAUAGAUUGUAUUAUAGCAUGCUCCGUGCAUGAAUGCGUUGGCGCCCGCUGAUCGGCUUAUUCUUAUCCAACCAGCGCUAGUCGAUACUUGGAGG